CGGCCGUGUCCGAGAACAGCUGCGGGCGGGCGGCGUAUUGUCAUGAUAAUGAGGAGUCUGGAUGCGCGAGCACGUGGUGCCGGGAGGAUGCGUGACGUGUGGAAGAGAAGAGAGGACAGGACGAGUGUGCGUGCGCGAGUGUCAGGGGCGCCCGGAGUGCUCUGACCCCCCGCAGGUGUGCACGCUCAGGUGUGAAGCUGCAAUCCCCGCCCCCCCGUCACUGCCCCCCCACUUCCACUCCAUCCUUUCGGUCCAAGUUUUUGAGGCGGCCCGACUUGAUCGGCGAAAUCGAAAGGAGGACGGCGCAGGACGGGAGAGCCGAAGAGCGGAGGAGAGCCGACCGGAGCGGCGCUCUCUGUGGAGGGGCCGGUGGCGGGUUAAAAGCGAGGGCACCGCGGGAGCUGCCUGCCGGACGCCGCAGAAAUGGGUUCCGAGUCUCCAUCCCCCCCGAAUCUCUUGGAAGAGGGAGGUGAGCUGGACGAGGAGGAGCUGAGCCCGGUGGAGGAUCCGGAAGGCGGCCGGACGCAGAGCAGUCGCAGCUCCCUGAUGACCAGACGUGGGAUCACCUUGCGAGUCUUGCUGAAGGACGGUCUGAUUGAGCCGGGAGAUGGCGUCCUGUCCAUUCAUUACUUGGGAAAAAAGUUCAUCGGCGACUUGCUGGCGGACGGGAAGAUCCGCUGGGUGGAAACGGGCCAACUCUUCAACUCCCCCAGUGCCUGGGCUACGUACUGCAAGAAGUUGGUGAACCCCGCCAAGAAAUCGGGCUGCGGCUGGGCGUCCGUCAAGUACCGCGGUCAGAAGCUGGUCCAGUACAAGACGACCUGGCUGCACAAGUACCAGCCGGCUGCAGAAAUGACCCUGGCAAGUGAGGGAGAGGACGAGGAUCUGGGCGAAGAAGAUGAGGAAGAAGGGAAGAUGAUGCCAGCUGAGGAGAAGAACAGAAAAGGGAUGAACAAAAAUGGCCUGGACCCAACUCAGCAAGAGGGAGGCCAGCUGGACCGGAGGACCGACCCCAAGGAGUGCGUCCUGCUCCACUACUCGGCCCUGGGCAGUCGAGAUGCAGGCAGGGACCCUCACACCCUGGUAGAGCUGACAGCCUUUUCUGCAAUGAACAAGUUCCAGCCAUUCAAUGUGGCCGUGUCCAGCAACGUGCUGCUGCUCGUGGAUUUCCACUGCCACCUGACACGCAGUGAGGUUGUGGGCUACCUGGGUGGCCGUUGGGACACCAACACCCAACUGCUCACAGUGCUGCGGGCAUUUCCUUGUAGGACGCGGCUGGCUGACCGAGACGCUGCCCCUGCUGUGGAGGAGGAGAUCUGCCAGAACCUGCUCAUGCGUGGCCUCGCCUUGGUGGGCUGGUACCACAGCCACCCUUAUGGCUCUGCACACCCGUCCCUUCAAGACAUCGACUCUCAGAUGGACUACCAGCUGAAGUUGCAGGGGAGCAGCAACGGAUUUCAGCCCUGUUUGGGACUGGUCUGCAGUCCUUAUUUCCACGGGAACCCCAGUGUGGAGUCCCGGAUUUCCCCAUUCUGGGUGAUGCCCCCUCCAGAACAACGGCCCAAUGACUACGGAAUCCCCAUGGAGGUGGAGAUGACCUACGUUCAGGACGCCUUCCUCACCAGCGAUGUCCUGCACGAGAUGAAGCUGCUGCUGGAUUAUUACAAAACAGCCCCUGAUCUCAUCAAAUUUGUAGAUGUCUGGAAGGCAGAGAAGACGUACCUGGACAAGCUGAAGACCUCUCUGUCCAGUCAUGCCCCAAAGGACCAGGCCUACAGCCAGAUCCUGCAGCACAUCUUCAAUCAGCUGCUUGGUCAAGAUGCGGGCAGCCAGUGAGGACUACUGAUUUUAGAAUGGACUCUGGAACUUUUCCCAUAACGUUAAAUGACACUGACAACCCCUGGCACAUGUUGGUUUCAGGGCACAUCACAAAAAAAUAAAAA